AUGCGCGACUUCUCUCGUUUUAAUUUGUUGGUGCUUGCCUUGAUCACAUUCGCUUCCUUUUGCACGGCACGCACCAUUGUUGCUAUUGAUGGAAAAUGCACCACUCGUUAUUGCAACCAGCCCGUCCCAAAAUCCAAGGUGUACAAGAUCACUAAGACCAUCCACACGACCGGGCGGUAUACAGUAACGCGCUGGAAAACGGUCACAAAGCCAAAGGCUACAAAAACAAUUACGGAAACGAAAAAGGUCACCGCAACAGUAACAAAAACUAUUUCUACUGUUACCAGAACAUCUACGAAAACAGAUACUGUGACCUUUGCUUCAAGGUCCACUAUAACUGUUACUAGCUUCUUGGGGACCCAGUCAAUUACCACUGCAACUCUCCAAUCCACAGUUACCAUCCCGCCCCCGCCGGGAUUCGUUGGUGUAAAUGAUGACCCUGACAACAGACUAGCGGGACAAGAAAUCAAGCGCCGUGAGGCAGAGCCUGAACCCGAACCUGGUGCUCCAAAGAAGUACAUAACAGCAAUAACCUGCACAAAGACUCUUCUUACAAAGACGGGAACCAGCGACCUUUGGAAGACGACAACAAAGACAGCGGGCACCGUGACCAAGAAAGUCUGGGCCACCCAAACGGUUAAGACAACCAAGUCCGUGACCAAGCAGAACCCGGUUAUAACAGUCACAACAAUUACCAAAACCGCAAGUGCGUUUACACAUACCACUGUAACGACUACUACGUAUAGUAUAUCAUACUUAACGACGAUUACCACAUCACUUCCUAAAACUACUUUCCUCGCGGCAUGCGGAGCAAGAAAUCAUGGUCCACCACCCGAAGAAGACAGAUUCUACGCCGCCGGCGCAGCCCCCGAUGCAGAUGAAAUCCUAAAGUUAGUUUGGAGCAACGGAACCCAAUACGACUGUUGCGUGGCUUGUCAAACUUAUUCCGGCCCCGGAGUAUGUAUGGGUAGUGUCUAUAACUACCUAGGCGCUUGGGGACCACCAGAUUGCCCUGAACUCGACUGGGAUGUUUGCCCAUUCCCCGAACCAAAGUGGUAUAGCAGAUGCGAACUGGCUAUCUCUGGAGGUGCUGGUGGAGGCACUUGUCGUCAGCAUAGAUACGAGUAUCAGUGGUACUUUGGCCAGCCCCCGACUAUUGUUGCCAACGGGCCCGGGUGUAAGAGGUUUAAGUACAGGAGAGUGGGACAACCACUCAAGAGAGGAUUACUCGGGCUAGAUAUGUUGGGGUUGUAG